AUGACGAUGAUAAAAAUGUUCAUCCUACAAGCUCGCAGAGUUCAGAUCGCGAAGAUACUCGUCUACGCUCAGCAACACUUUUGGAACAACGAUUAUAAUCCACAAGAACGACAUAUCUUCAAAAUGUGUGUCAAGUAUUCCACAUGGUUUGUUAUUUUCGUGUUCUCUGUUCCGUCGACAUCUUUGACCGGCUACGUGAUUACACCUAUUUUUGAUAUUAAUUCCGUCUGCGUGUACAUAAUUGGAAUGGGAUACGUUUGCCCUGACAUACUCAUGUGCCUAUUAAACGUUCACGCAGUAGGUCAAUUUCGCAUCUUGCAAUAUAGAAUGUUAAAUUUCUGGAACAUUGUAUGCAAGGAUUCAGAUCCUGAAAAGUAUACCGAAGAAUGCUACAUGGCUUUGAAGAAAUGUAUUCGGCAACAUCAAUUGAUUAUUGUGUUCUGUAACAUGAUGGAAAGUGUGUACUCAACGACAAUCUUUAUACACGUGACGAUCGUAAGUGUGUUAAUGUGUCUCGACUGGUAUGAGAUACUUUUGGCAAACCCAGGUAACGCCAUGCGCCUUAUUUUCAUAUUCCACAUGCUGGGCAGUCUAGGCCACCUAUGCAUUCUCACAUGCAGCUGCCAUUACAUGAUGGAGGAAAGCUCAAACAUUGUUAGAGCGGCGUAUGGAGGAUCCUGGUCUAGUCUACCGAUGAAUCAGAGUGGCAGAUCGUUGAGAACAGCAAUGAUGUUCAUUAUGAUCAGAGCAAUGAAACCGUGCUGUAUAACGGCCGCAGGAUUUUUCCCUGUUUCCCUAGAAACUUUUACUACGAUUUUAAGUUCCACAUUUUCCUACUUCACGUUGAUGAGGAAUUCAUUUACGAAAGACGAGGACGAAUAG